CAUGCCCCCAUUCUACGCCCCCGAAACCCCCGAUCGCAUCAAAAACGCCACCGGCCUCCACCUCAUCACCGCCCUAACCCCCAACGGCCGCAAAGCCCACAUCUACCUCGAGGAGCUGAAAGAAACCUACGGCCUCCCCUUCACCAUCAGCCUCAUCGACCUCGACACGAACGAGCAGAAGAAACCAUGGUUUCUGCGCUUGAAUCCGAAUGGCCAGCUUGCUUGCUUGCUUCAAAGUCCCCUAACCUCAUCCUUAAUUCUGCGUGAGAUAGGCCGCAUCCCCCUCCUAAUCGACAACACCACCACCCCGCACCCACACGUCGUCAUGGAGUCCUCCGCUAUCCUGCUGUACCUGUUCCAUCAGGUCGAUCAUUCCCAGAAGUUUGGGUUCGCGGAUCCGCAGCAGCAGAGUCAGCUGCUGCAGUGGCUGGUCUUCUGGGGUGCGUCGGGGCAGAUGGUUCAGGGGCAGUGGAAUUAUUUCCGGCGGAACCAGGUCGAGAAUGAUCGUGAGUGUUUCGCCCUGACCCUUGAAAUCGGGGGGUUCGGCUCGACGGCUUGGGCUCUAAUGCUGGCCCUAGACGCGAAGAAGCGAUUCCACGAUGAGUUACUCCGCGUGUUUCACGUCCUCGAAGCGCAUCUCGCUGGACGGUAUGCGGAUCCCGGACUGGGAAGGGAGUACCUGGCGGGCCAGGGGAGGGGGAAGUAUACGUUGGCGGAUAUGAAUGCUUGGCCGUGGGUGAGGAAUUUUAGGGCUGUUGGGCUGGAGGAGGAGGAGUUGGACAGGUUGCCUGCGCUUGCGGCGUGGGUGGAUAGGGUUGGCGGGCGGGCGGCGGUGCAGAGGGGCGCGUUUGGGGAGGCGUAUGAUGAGGAGGCGUCACCUGAGUUGGUUAUUCGGACGUGA